AUGACUAUCUAUGAAUAUCUCUUAACUCAUAUUUCUUGCAUUUCAAAGAAGUUUCUAUAAUUAAAAGGUGUUAAUCUUCUCUUUAUUAAAUUUAUUCAAAAAUAUAUGAAUUUUCAAUAAUCUCAGGAUAAUCUCAUUUGUUUGUUAUUUUUGUUCCUUUUUAUUUGGAAUAUUUUCAUCUUCACGCCUCUCAAAUUAAUUAAUUAUGAGUCCCUUCUCCUUGCUAUUAAUUUCAUAGUCCUUUUUCAUGUAUAGCCUUUUGAAUCUCAGAUAUAGAUUUCAUCCUAUAUCAAUCUAUUAAAUUUAAGGUUGUUCUUCUCUUUCAUUUUUGUUAGAAAAGCAAUAUUGCCUAAAAUUCUGUUUCUAUAAAAUUUAUACCAGGAGGUACUAGAAUUUAAAACUAUUUCAUAACUGUAGCUUAUUCAAAAUCUUAUUUGUAUUUUGUUUACAGUAAUUAGAGAUACAGUCUUUCAUUCUUGGUCUCCUUGA